UUCCUUCCUCAUGCUGCCCGCUGACUGUGCCCAGAGGCUGGUUUCCCUCUUCACCCAGGCUUUGGAAGACUGCACAGAGCAGAGGACAAAAAUCCAGCAGAAAAUUCAACAGUGCCGGGCACUUCUUGGGGACUGGAACUCUGACGGAGAAAACCCCAUUCCUGAAGAGGCCAAAAAUGAGAAACGUGAAACAGAGCCUUCAUCUGAGGAGCUUAAGGAUCUGGAACUGCUUAACAAAGCUUUGGAGAAAGCAUUAAGAGUCCGGUCAAAAUUCCACCAGGUGCCAUGUGAGACUGUUAAAGUCUCCGAAGCUGCAAGUAAGAAGCCGGUGAGCCAGGCUGCACGUAAUCCUAAGGACCAGACCCCCAAGCCCCCCCAGAUGUCUCCUGUGAGUAGAAAGCUGGUGGCGUCCAAAAAACCCACUGCGUAUAUGUUGAAGGCUCCCUACAAAACUGAUACGACCGUGAAAAGGCCCCCCGUGAAAAUACCAACUGGACGGAGCUCCAGAACAUCCAAAAUUGCUGGGAAGAAGUCGUCCCCUGUAGGGGUUGCCUUUCCAAAGUUGAAACCGUGCGCAGAAACAGCCAAAGACAGUCGCGGAAAGGUCCAUGUUGCUGCAGAACCCGGAUUGCAGUUGGGCUCUCCCAAAGGCCCGUGUCGCACAACGGCACCACCUUCGUUUUCAGGUGGGGGGGACUUUGCAGAAACAGGCCUUCAAGAACCUAAGGUAGAUCCUGAUCCAAAGGCUUUAGGUGAGCCGUGUCCUUUAAGAACAGACCCAGCAGGAAAAGAAACAGAGCCUCCAGUGUCCACUCUUCAACAACAUGGGUCUUCGCUGAAACUGCCCCUUCCCUAUCAGAAAGCUUUUUCCAAGUAUCUCAGGUUGUUGGAGAAGUGUCAGGAUUUGAAAACGGAUCCCGAGGCAGCUGUCCCCAAGAGGCAAUUUUUAGAGAGGUUGCAAGCAACUUUCUUCUCUCCCACUCCAGCCUUUACCCCAGCAGAGGUGAAGCAGGAGUUGGUGCAUCUACGUGAACUUCACCUGCUCAUCACUCAGCACAUGGAAGCUGAAAGCCCAGAGUCACUUGGAGAAAACCCAACCUGCGACAGAGCGUACGAAAGCCUCGUGACUUUGCAGGCCCUACAAGAGGUAGUAGAGCAGCAUCUCAACAAACUGGACCAGAUGCGAGAGGCCCUGGUGUCCCAUGCAGAGUUUGCCUCGCUCUGCCUGAGUGACGAGGAGAAGAAUGACCACGAUUGCUUGGGCUUCUAUCAUGUUCCCCUGGGAGAGCAAGACUGCUGCGAUCCAGAUUUACCGGGACCUCCCCCACUUCUGUUUUACUCCAGCUUGGAUGAGUUGAAGGAGAUGGAGGCUUUAAAACUGCAGGUGGCGAUGCUGAAUCAGAAACUUCAGAUCCAGACGGCUAUGGAAACGGAACUCCUUCCCCUUCUAGAACCUGGCCGCCUUCCAGAAGAUUCCAGACCGUCGGUGAUCCGUGCUAUGUACUCCUUGUUGUGUGAAGGCGGAGAGCACGUUCCUGUUCUGGUGAAGGAUGAAGAACUGUCCAGCUGACCUGAUGUGAGAACGGAGGUCCAGCAGACAUACUUAGGGAAUUUUUGGCCUCAAUCCAUUUCAUGACAGGUGAAUGUCAGCGGCAGUCCCUCACCUUCUUCACCUGGGUGCACUUGUCCAGCAAAUAAAAAAGAUU